AUAUUGACAAAAUUAUGAAGUAAAGUAUGUCAUCGUGACACCUCACCAUUAAACUUCGAUAUUUUUUUAUUUAAGUAUAUAUUUUUUUAAUAAACCAUCACCAAAAUGGCCGAUGAUGAUGACGACGACCACGUUGAGCAAUUCGGCAGACGGUUCAAAAAACCAGACGUCGAACGUCUCGGCAUAUUCGCCGAGAUGCCCUACAUGCACGGCGAGGGAUACGUGACCCUUUUCCCGCCCCCCUACUACAUAGAAGGCACCAAUUUCAUAGGAGUGGGUCCUAAAAUGAAGGUUGGCAAAGCUGACUGCUAUUUCGAUAAAGAAUUCAGAAGAAUAUUCGAAGGAGAAGCUAUAAAGAAGAACACGUUACAAAAGGUUCCGGUUUACAAACAAGUCAAAACUAUUCCAUUUUUGUCGGUAGGACCGACGAAAUGGCAUUCCACACCUGGAGAUUGGCAUGGUACCUUCAUUAAUUAUCACGCCUACAUGAGCCCGAAACCCAAAAAGACAAAGAAACCUCCGGAAGAACCCAGAAAUUUUUUAACGAAACCCGGUAGAAAAGGAACAAGCGGCUAUGCCAAUAUAUGUAUGAAUCCAUAUCCCCCGCAUCCUGAAAAUUUGUACGGAGAUAAAGGACAUUUUAAAUCUUACGGGAAAAUCUUAAACGGACCCAUGAUAACCAGUCAUCAUCCUGAAAAAUAUUUCGAAACGAAUCCGUACCGGUUACCACCAAGUAUUCCUUUCGGGAAAACGUACGUUAAACCCGUUAGUACCGAGCGUCCUUUCUUGAAACCGGGAAUAAUCAAACCGUUGGGUCCCGGGAAGAAACUGGGUGGAUGCAAAUGCGGUGGGUUUAGCAAAUAUCCCCCGCACAGCGCCGAUAAACAUGCAACCGUGUGGGAUUUAGAAAAUCACAAGAAGCUCGUUGGGAAGAAAUGGAACAUCCAUUCCACCGGGUUGAAAACAAUGUUUACGCGAUCUGUUGUUGCUGAUAACGUGCGAUUGAGAUUGAACGAGAGAACGCUCGGUACAUUUGAACCUACUUAUACUAAAAAUUUGAUAGCUUAAUCAAUAAUAUAUUAAAAAUAAUAGAAUAUUU